AUGGAAGCUGGGAAUGGGUGCAAGCUUGUCGUGGGUGUGGACUACGGUACCACCUUCACAGUAGGAAUUUCUUUUGUCCUCAUCCGUGCAGGUGAUCACAUGGGUAACGGAAACAUCCAUUUUGUCAAUCAAUGGCCUCCAGGUAUUCGUAAUAAGACCAGCGGCCCGUCCAUAAUUUCAUACAGGCAGGAUGGAGGUCCACAUCUCUGGGGCUUUGAGGUCAAGCCAGAAAUGCGAUCAUAUGCCUGGACGAAGCUACUAUUGGACAGAAAUCCCCAACGUGAAGAAUUCGACGAUGACCUCCUGGAAGGAGUCACUUGUUCAGAGAUUCUGAAGCUGCCCGGCCAAAAGGAAACCGGAGAAGCUGUGGCAGACUACCUUUCUCGGAUCUACCACCAUAUCCAGCAGCAUAUCCCCAGAGAGGUGGGGCAACUUCGCAAUUACGAAGGGGAUCUAAGUGAGGAUAUCGCAACAUACUAUGUCACAGAUGUUGAUCCGACAGCCUCUCUUGAGCAGAUUACCACAGUUAUGGGAGCUAAAUGCGGUGGAACGACUAUUGACAGUGGGUUCUAUCAACUACUAUCCCAUCGGCUUGAAGGGGCAUUCGAUAGGGUCAUGAGCCAGAUCCGACCCGGAAGCUUGGUCAUGACGAAGUUUGAAACGAUCAAAACAGAGUUCACUGGUGAAGGGGAAAACGGCUGGCACUUUAAUUUCGACUUGAGUGCACCCGAGGCAGAUCGCACAUUUUCCAACCAAAGACGAAGACAUUUUGUUUUUUAA